UGCUGACCGUUGAAUGAUUCCACACAAGGACCCUGUCGAUGCGGUCCCUGUCUACAAUCCCCUACCACUCUUGUACCCUGUUAGCCAUCACAAGGACCCUAUUGUAAGUUUCCAACUAAGACUCCGAUUCAAGUUAACGCGUGCAAGCAAAAAAACGUAACAAAAAUGGCAGUGGCGAGUACCUCUUCGGCUCUCCGGCUCCUGCCUCUCCUCCUCGCACUCCUACUCGCUGCCACCAGCGAGGCCACCACAUUCAAAAUCAUCAACCAAUGCUCCUACACCGUGUGGCCAGCCGCUCUACCGGGAGGUGGCGUGAAGCUUGAUCCGGGGGAGACGUGGGCGUUGAACAUGCCCGCUGGUACCUCAACAGGGCGCAUCUGGGCACGCACAGGCUGCUCACUCCUUGGCAAAGGUGGGUCAUGCCAAACUGGCGACUGCAGCGGCUUGCUCGCCUGUACGGUCAGUACUCGAUCGCCCAUCACGCUGGGCGAGUUCAGUCUUGCCCAAGGCCAAAGUGAUGAUGAUUUCUUCGACAUCUCGCUCAUUGAUGGCUUCAACGUGCCCAUGGACUUCCUGCCGGUGCCGGUUCAGGGAAGGUCAGGAUGCAGCAAGGGGCCGCGUUGUGCAGCCAACAUCACAUCGCAGUGCCCAAGAGAGCUGAAGGCUCCAGGAGGGUGUAACAAUCCCUGUACUGGGAGCACGACAAGCCGUUGCAACACAAGUUACUCAGCCUUCUUUAAGCAGAUGUGCCCAUAUGCCUACAGCAAGCCUGAUGAUACAUCCACUUACUCUUGCCCGUCGGGCACAAAGUACCAGGUCAUCUUCUGUCCCCUGAUUAAUCAAACACUCUCACCUACAGAUGAAAGUCCCCUGCCUGCACCCCCGGCCAAGGCAACACCUUCGACCCCAAGUACUCUGCCUACAGCUAUUGGGCCAACAAGCAUGAAACCUAAAUCCCCCUCUGGAAGAAGAGUUGUUGCAAUUCUAGCUCCUGUAGGCGGCUUAAUUUUGCUCACCAUCUUGUUCCUCAUCGCCUUCUUUAUAUGUAAACGAAGAACACAACAACAACAUGAGAUGGAAGAAGAGGAAGAGUUUGGGGAGCUAGAAGGAACACCAAUGAGGUUCACAUUUCAACAGCUAAGAGCAGCAACCGAGCAAUUUGCAGACAAGCUCGGGGAAGGAGGAUUCGGGUCUGUUUUCAAGGGACAGUUUGGUGGUGAAAGGAUUGCAGUAAAACGUUUGGAUCGAACUGGUCAGGGCAAAAGAGAAUUUUCGGCAGAAGUUCAGACAAUUGGCAGCAUUCAUCAUAUUAAUCUGGUGAGAUUGAUUGGUUUCUGUGCAGAGAAAUCCCACAGGCUCUUGGUAUAUGAGUACAUGCCCAAAGGAUCCUUGGACAGAUGGAUCUAUUGUUGA